UGUGUCUUCCUCUCUGAGUCUCGCUCAACUGAACCCUAAUUUCUCUCACAAACCCCUCCGCUUGCUGGGGGCAUAAUUUUAAUUGUCCAACAGACUUUCACUUUCUUCUUCACAGCCAAUUUCUCUCUUUAUUUAUGUAUGCCUAUGCCGUGUCUCAUUUAUAUCCUUUCAACAUAUCAACAACUACUCAUCAUGUCAUAUUUCUAUCAUUCACUUUGAACCUCUUCUUCAAAAUUCAAUAUCUUUUUUGUUAUGAUUUACAUGCAGCAAUCUUUAAUGGAUUUGAGAAGGCUUUCCAUAAUGAAACCCAAUUAUUUUAAUCCUCCAAUUGCUCGUCCCUUGACUUUUAUAACAACAUUCACAAUCCAACAGCAAAACCAUCCUGAACAGCAGCAGCAACAACUACUGCCACCACAGGAAACGCAUCAACUGAAAGCUCCAAAUCAGAGUUUGAUCAAUUCGGUUUUUUCUAUUCUUUCUAACCCAUCUUUUGAUUCUUCUAAAAGUAAACAACUUUUGCUCCAUUUAUCUCCUCAUGAAUUUGAUCAGUGUUUUCUAGCUAUUGGAUCAAAUAAUGUGAAUCCAAGAACUGCUUUUAAUUUUUUUCAUUUUGCUUCCGAGACUUGUAAGUUUCAUUUCACAUUACGUUCUUAUUGCCUUCUUAUUCGGUUGCUUGUUUCUUCCAAUCUUUUAUCGUCUGCAAGGUUGCUUUUGAUUCGUUUAAUUGAUGGGAAGUUACCAGCUGUAUAUAAGAAUGCUUCUCAAAGGAGACAUUUUGAGAUUGGUUUAAUAUUUUCUGAUUUGCAUUCAGUGUUUGAGCCAGCUGUUGCAGUUACUGUAGUGGAUUUAUUGAUACAUGUUUAUAGUACACAAUUUAAACAUCUGGGUUUUGGUGUUGUUUUUGAAUUGUUCAGUUUAUUGGCUAAUAAGGGUUUGUUUCCAUCUCUUAAGACUUGCAAUUUUUUGUUGAGCUCUCUAGUGAAAGCCAAUGAGGUAAAAAUGAGUUAUCAAGUGUUUGAUAUCAUGUGUCAUUGUGGCGUCACUCCGGAUGUUUACUUGUUUAGUACUAUGGUUAAUGCCUUUUGCACUGGAGGCAGAGUGGAUGAUGCUAUUGAGUUGUUUCGUAAAAUGGAAAAAGUGGGCGUUGCUCCAAAUGUCGUUACAUAUAAUAAUAUUAUACAUGGGUUAUGCAAGAAUGGAAGAUUGGAUGAGGCGUUUCAGUUUAAAGAAAAGAUGGAAAAAGAGAGAGUGAAACCGAGUCUUGUAACUUAUGGUGUUCUCAUUAAUGGUUUAGUUAAGUUGGAAAGGUUUGAUGAAGCUAACUGCAUUUUGAAGGAAAUGUCUGACAGAGGUUAUGCACCUAAUAAUGUUGUGUAUAAUACGCUAAUUGAUGGAUAUUGUAGGAUAGGGAAUAUUAGCACGGCAUUACAGAUAAGAGAUGAUAUGAUAUCUAAUGGUAUAAGUCCCAAUUCAGUUACUUGUAAUUCACUUAUACAAGGUUACUGCAAGAGUAAUCAGAUGGAACAUGCAGAACAUCUUUUGGAGGAAAUGCUAACAGGAGGUGGAGUGAUAAAUCAGGGAACAUUUACUUCAGUUAUUCAUAGGUUGUGUUUGAAAUGUAGGUUUGACUCUGCAUUACUCUUUAUUAUGGAGAUGUUAUUAAGAAAUUUUAAGCCUAAUGAUGGUCUGCUGACCUUAUUGGUUUCUGGACUUUGUCAGAAUGGUAAGCAAUCAGAGGCCAUUGAGCUUUGGUAUAGACUAUUAGAGAAAGGUUUUGCCGCCAAUACAGUGACUUCUAAUGCUCUAAUUCAUGGACUUUGUGAAGCCGGUAGCAAGGAAGAAGCUGCUAAGCUUCUCAAGGAGAUGCUAGAGAGGGGUUUGGUGUUGGACAGUAUCUCAUAUAACACACUUAUACUGGCGUGUUGCAAGGAAGGCAAGGUUGAGGAAGGUUUUAAACUUAAGGAAGAGAUGGUCCGGCGGGGAAUUCAGCCAGACAUGUAUACCUAUAAUAUGCUUCUGCAUGGGCUCUGUAAUAUGGGGAAAAUAGAAGAAGCUGGUGGGCUUUGGCAUGAAUGCAAAAAGAAUGGUAAUUUUCCAGAUGCUUAUACAUAUGGGAUCAUGAUAGAUGGAUAUUGUAAAGCUAACAGAGUUGAAGAGGGUGAAAAGCUGUUCCAGGAGAUGGUUACUAUGAAAAUUGAGCAAAAUGCUGUAGUUUACGGUACACUAAUCCGAGCAUACUGUGAAAAUGGGAAUAUGAGGGAAGCCUUUAGACUUCGGGAUGACAUGAGAAGUAGAGGCAUUCCGCAAACUUCUGCCACUUAUUCUUCUCUUAUACAUGGACUCAGCAAUAUUGGCCUUGUUGACAGUGCAAAUCAACUUCUUGAUGAAAUGAGAAAAGAGGGUUUGUCACCAAAUGUUGUUUGCUAUACUGCACUUAUUGGUGGUUACUGUAAGCUAGGGCAGAUGCAUAAAGUUGAUAGCAUCCUGCAGGAAAUGUCUAUAAAUAACGUUCAUCCUAAUAAAAUUACCUACACUAUCAUGAUAAAUGGGCAUUGCAAAUUGGGAAAUAUGAAAGCAGCAGCAAAGCUUCUGAAUGAGAUGGCUCAAAAAGGAAUUGUCCCAGAUGCUGUUACCUAUAAUGCCCUUACAAAUGGAUUUUGCAAAGAAGGGAAAAUGGAAGAAGCUCUUAAAGUUUGUGAUCUUAUGUCCACCGGUGGGAUAUCUUUAGAUGAUAUUACAUAUACUACAUUGAUUGAUGGGUGGCAUAAGCCAUUGACAGUCUCGAGUCGAGAAUAAAUAAUCACUAACUCAUGUAAGGUUGGAAUAUGACAUAUUCUUGUUCCUGAAAUGGUACAGAUUUCACCAGCUUAUAUAACAAAAUGGAGCUGAUGAUGUACAGUGGAUGGCAUUCUCUCAUGUUCUCUUUUAAAUUCAAGUAUUAUCAUUGAAACUCUGAGAAGUGCUUCUUGCGGAAUGGAAAUUUAUGCACUGCAUCUACAAGCUUGCUCAAGAAUCUUGCUCAAUUAUUUGAAUUGUCCCUUGGGUCUCUAAAUCAUUGGUUGUUGCCUACCCAUUGCUAUGCUCUUUAGUGUAAGAUUAGAAACUUGCACUCAUCCUGGGUCUUUGUGAUGAAGGAGAUUUUCUCACUUCCCAAUUAGGUGAAUCUGAUGCAGAGCCAUCAUCAUGAGGGAGGUGAAAUGAAGAGCCAGCUUAUGUGGUUGACCAAACCCAAAAGUUCAAAGGUUUUGAGCACUAACAGGACUGGCAAGCAACUCAGAAGGUUAUGAGUGCUUUGUGCAAGCUGAUGCUUAUGGACUCUUUGCUUUUAUGCUUGUUUUAUUUGAGGUGGCUGGUGUGGUGGUGUUACAAUUUGUUGAUGUUACUUGGAGAUGAAGCAACGAGUUAUAUACAGAUGGUGCUGAUCAUUGCUCUUGCCCCAAGAAGACAAAUGCUAAGCAUGCUGAAAUUAGUCAGAAUCAGCCUCUCCUCUCUAAUAAAAAUUGCAUUGUUAUUUCAAACAAAAUAACAAUAACAGCAAUUAAAAGAACAAAAGGAAACAAGGGAGGUUGAGACUUGAGAUAGGCAUGGGUAGGAUGAUAUUAAAAGGCAGAGAUGGUUGAAUGGUCUGUUCUCUGAUGAAAUUGUUUAACACGGACCAAAAUUUGCAAUUUUGCAAAAUAUUUGGUCCAGUUCUCGUGAGGCUUAUGCAUGUUUCUACAAAUUGGAGAGGGUCGUUGAACUUCCAUAUUUUAUGCAUGCCAGAACAGCAAAGGUAGGAAACACAAGUCUGUCUUCUAGAAAAAUCAUGCAACCCAAGAUGCCAAUUUUUACUGAUUUGAAGGUCUACUCCUGAAGUUCAAGGCUGGACCAUAUACUUUAUAUAUUCAAUUUAACAGGUUGCAUGUGGAUCUGAUUGAAGCAGUAAUCAGUUAUUGUACCUAAUUUCAUUGGUAGUCUGUUACAUUGAAAUGUUAGGUUGAGUUGUAUGAGAAUGGGUCGAUUGAGUUUUUGGAAAA